GCAAGAGCAUUAUACAAACUCCUGUCUAGGCAAUGGAGAUGAAAAACUAGGGGUUAAAAAAAACCCUUUCUGGGGCAAUAAGGGAGGGAAAGAAGAAAAACAAUGACUUUUUUGGAAGAAGUUGGGUAACAGAUAAGGCAGAGGCACUGUUGAUGUGACAGAGUAUCUAAGUUUUUGUCUAGUUAUGAGGCUGAGGUUUUUGGACAUUUCACCUGCCUUUUCUCUGUCUGUCAGGUUUCAUGGAGUACACAUCAGUCCCCCUCCUGGCAGGACAGCCUUCUGCACGUAGCUUUCAUGCAGCGCUGGCUGUGUCGGACCAGAAGGUUCUGAUCAGUGGAGGCUGCAAUGCCAGAGGAGCCUUGCAAGAUGCCUUUGUCUUCCACCUAGACACUCUUUCAUGGAGCACAGUGAUCCACCAUGACCUCUGCUCUGUUCCCCGAGCUGGCCACACACUGCUUGACCUGACUCCUGCCCACGUGAUGGAUAUGGACAAGGAGAACAAAGAGGAGCAGAAGCUGCACACGGUGUUGGUCUUUGGGGGCUCCAACAGUGCUGGGACCUUUUAUAACAGCACCCUCAAGAUCCAGCUGGACCUAGGGUAAUGCAUGAUUCACAGAAUGAGCCUGAACAGCAAGGCUCUUCACCAGCCUAGAUACAGACAUGGAUGGCAAUAAAUGAGUCCAAGCAA